AUGCGUCACAAAUAUGCUUUCUUAGCUAAAACUACCACCUCUCCAAGAGCGAAGGAAACCUCAGAGGCUGACUAUGUUCUACAAAGUGAAACUGAUUCAACCUCAAAUCGUAGUGAUGCAAAUGGUGCAGGGUAUAGACAUAAACUACCCGUGACCCCUGAAGAAAUUUCGAAUUUAAUAGAGUCCGCAAUUCCUCAAUCGACUCGAUGUCAUUAUAAAUGGGGAUAUAACGUUUUCAGUAAUUGGCAAAAGGAGAGGAGGGCUCGCCCAGUUAGCGACAAUUUACCAAUCCCAGUCGAAGCACUUACACAGAGUAUCACAGAAAUGGAACCAUGCAUGAGGGACACAGCAUUGCAGUAUUUCCUAGCUGAAGCUAAGAAGACCGAUGGAAAUGACUACCCAUCAGCGUCCUUGUACCAGUUGUUUGUGGCUAUACAAGGACAAAUCAGAUUGAAUGAUCCGGCCGUAAAUCUGCUAACACAACCUACUUAUGUCAAGUGCCGCAAAGUACUGGACUCCAUGAUGAAAAAAAGAUCCGCAGAGGGGUUAGGUGCCGCCAGUCGAAGAAGGGCAGAACCCAUUUCAAGUCUUGAGGAAAACAUGUUGUGGGAGAGAGCAGUCAUAGGGUCGGAUAAUCUCCCAAAGCUGUUGGACACCAUGGUUUAUUUAAAUGGUAUACAUUUUGCAUUACGUGGCGGUAAAGAACAUCGUCAUCGUAGUAGUGCUGUUCGUAGUUACAAAAGGACAGCAAACUUCCAACAAAAUGAGUCAUCAGAGAUCUUGUAUGGCAAAAAGCAGAAAACUACCACGUGCACAGAGACGAAACUACAAUCGCCAGAGGAAAACACUAGUCAUGACACAUCACACCAAGUUGUUAACAUAGAGGCUGUCCGAAGACAAUCCGUCGCUGAGCCAACAACACUUAGUUUCACAUUCAAUAUAAAACUUUAA